GGUUUUUUUGGGUGGGGGGUCCUUAACUCGGAGCUGCCAUGCCCAUGCUGGAAGAGGUGGCCAACGUGGCGCUCCGCGUGCCCAGCAUCGCCCUGCUGGACCUCCUGUACCGGUGGGAUGUUCAGGCCUUUGCAGAGCUGCUGUUGCACCCGAGGAGGCCGGAGGGGACCUACCUGUGGCGACAUCACCUGUGGAACGCCUAUUACGCAGGUCACUUGGUGUGUGUGGUGGUUUUGCUGCUCCCAGUCCGGAUGCUUGUGAAGUUGUAUCUCUACAUCCUGACAGCGUUGCUGCUGUAUGUAAGCCACCAGACGGCCCGAGACUACAUCCGCCACGAGAUGGAGCGGGAUUUCCAUGGCGCUGUGUACAACGACCCCGUGGCCCUUAGCCACUUCGCCACGGCACUCACAGGUCAAGUCAUCGUUGCCACCCUCUGCGCCCUCCUGCUGAAGACCAAGCGGGUGUGGCUCUUCGGGGCUCCACUCCUCCCUCUGGCCGCCCGCCUGUGCUGCCUCCCGCUUUGGGGCUUGCCCGCCGUGAACAGCGUCGCCACAGCUCUCACCGUGAUGGAGGCUCUCUACGUUGUGGCCUCCUGCCUGGUGGUUCCUCUCCAAUGGGCAACGGUCGCCUGCCGGGAGGUUGCUCAGGUACUGGAGGUGUAUCGCCUGGUGGCGCUGGCGAUGUCCCUUUGGCGGCAGCUGGCUGUCCCGCUCUUGUUCCUGGUCUUCUGGCUGGCGCUGUUCACGCUGCAGAUCUGUGCCCUGGUUUCUUCUUCCUCUGGCAACCCUUUGCCCCAGCAAGGCUUGGUCUUCAUCUUCCUCAGCAGUGUGGCCGAAUGUUGCAGCACCCCAUACUCCCUCAUUGGGCUCACCUUCACUGUCUCCUACCUGGCCCUGGGCCUCCUCAAACUCUGCAAGUUCUACCUGGCAGGUUACAGCGCUUUCCAGGAUGGCAACGUGAUGCACAGGGGUGUGACGGAGGGUGUAACCUUACUGCUGCUUGCCCUCCAAACCGGUCUACUUGGGUUGCAGCUCCUGGAAAGAACAUUUCUUCUCAGCAUCAUCCUCUUCAUCGUGGUGACGUCCACCCUGCAGUCCAUGAUCGAAAUAGCCGACCCCAUUGUCUUGGGCCUGGGGGCUACGCGGAACAGGAGUUUCUGGAAGCACUUCCGGGGAAUCAGCAUGUGCCUCUUCCUCCUGGUCUUCCCGGGCUUCAUGGCGUACAAGAUCGCUCACUUCUUCCACAUGGACUUCUGGCUCCUGAUCCUCGUCUCCAGCUGCAUGCUGACCUCCCUGCAGGUGAUGGGGACCCUAUUCAUCUACACCCUGUUCAUGAUCGAGCUCUUCCAGGACACCCCGAUGGAGAAGAUGGACGAGAUUGUCUACUACAUCAACGCCAUCAGCCGCGUCCUGGAGUUCUUGGUGGCCGUCUGCGUGGUGGCCUACGGAACCUGGGAGUCCAUCUUUGGCGAGUGGAGCUGGCUGGGGGCCUCCGUCAUCAUCAUCCACUGCUACUUCAACGUCUGGCUGAGGGCCCACUCCGGGUGGAAGAGCUUCCUGCUCCGCCGAGAGGCGGCCAAGAAAAUCAGCUUGCUGCCAAGGGCCACCAGCAGGCAACUCUUGGACCACAAUGACGUCUGCGCCAUUUGCUUCCAGGAGAUGACCCUGGCCGUCGUCGUGCCGUGCGGCCACUUCUUCCACGACGGCUGCCUGCGCAAGUGGUUUUUCGUGCAGGACACAUGCCCCCUCUGCCACCAGCAGGUCAGGCUCGAGGAUCGCGCACGACAAGCGGAGCCCGUGGCGGGGAGGGAGGAGGCUUCCAGGAGCACAGAGCCCACUGUUGUCGACCGCACAGUGCGCCCCGGUGGGGACAGGACUGCGGAGGCCGGCGAAGCUGGUGGGACAGAACAACAAAUCACGCUUUCUGGACACCCCGCUGGGGAAGGCCAGCAGACGUUCGACAGCUCGGGAGAGAGCGUUCCCGGAUAUGACGCACCCCAGAGGGACCUGGGCCUGCCCACCUCCGCAGGAAAUGGCAGCCAAGCGCUGGAUCUCCCCAUUCCCGAAGUGCCGCCAGGGGACUGGUGCCACAGCUCAGGAGAGCCCAUGGCCCCAGAGCGGGAUGUUCCUGGGUGCGUCUCUCUGGGAAGAGAGCCUGACUUAGCCAGCAAACCAGGAAACGGCUGUCCUCGGCUCUUAGCUGCUCCGGGAAUCCCAGCUGAGGGUCGCCUGGAGGGGGAGCCCCCAAGCCCAGUGGCGGCCUCCCCUGUUGCAUCAGCAGAGGACACACUGGAGAUCUCAGCCAGGAAGCUCCUACAGCAGGGUGACGCCAGAGGGGAGAGCCUAAGCCCAUUGAUUCAUUUCGACGGCAAAGCUGAGCUCGGCCCUGGUCUUUCCACCGCCUUCUCCCCUCCCUAGCUCUUUGCUCUCCCGUGCCGUUUCCCUUUUCCAUAGCCUGGGAACCCGAUGCGCCGAACAGCUUCUCCUACACCCAGGGAAGCAGGCCGCCCCAGCCGAGUUAGAGCAAGCACAGUCUGUGCUGCAUCUAGCAAAGAGCGCUUUAUCUGGAGCCGGGGAAACUCAAGUCCCGCCUCUUCUCUGAGGAGUGCUGAAGGACUUCCACUCUGCAGGCUAGACCUUCUAUACCAGCAAGGCGGUGCCAUACGUCUUAUUCUUCUAACCAGAGGCGCGAGGGCAUUGCCCCAAACACCGGCCGCUGCUGUAGUUUAAAAGUUUCAGCGCUGGCCGCAACACAGAGACACGACCCGGCAGAAUGGCAGAUUCGGAGAUGAAUGCUCUUAUCCAAGAUGGCGGCAGCCUCGUUCCAAAAUGGCUGCAGGGUCUCCGUGUCUGCCUCCUUACCUAUGCAUCCACCCGCUGCUUGCCUAUAAUCUCUGGCAAGCGUGUGAAACGGGGAAGGUUUGGACUUCUGCCCAAGCGACGGGUCCUUGCAGGUUUUCCCCCGGGUCGGCCUAGAACGUUUGAUGGGCCAGGGAGCCCCUUCCGGGGAUCUGGGCCACCAGCAAACCUUUGUGGCUUUGGUGUCCUGCCCCAUCAUUGACCGUUUUAUUUUUAUUUUUUGCGUAGAGGUGAUUACAUCGCGGGGCAGGUGAAUCAAACAGCUGUGGACAGUGGGAGACCUUUGCUUGCAAGUUAAAUAAACAAAUCAAAUGGA